AUGGAUCAAGACGAACCUUUUAUAAAUACGGACGUAUUCAAUGUCCAUGACAUUGCCGAAAUUGAAGAUUUCCUCAGUGGUUGCGAUGGAGAUUUUAUGAAAAAAUUAGAGGAAGAACUGUCAUCAGUUGACAACGACACAGGCCUUCCUAGUGUUGAUGCUAAAAUCAAAUCGGAAUCACCACAAAAUUCACGAGUGUCUCCAUACUACAGUGUUAGCGGGAACCCGCUAGUAUCUCAGUACACUCAUGUCUCGAAAUCGUCGCAUCCACCACAACCUAAAACUAGCCCUGUUCAAGGUGUUUAUGGCAGAGAGGAGAGCUACAACUUGCGGCACAGGAGCAAUGACGCUCCGUUACCCGAUGUCACUCAGCAUGGACAGCAAAUUCCCGCUCAAACUCCUAUGAUAGUUCAACAAGUUGUUCAGAGCCCCCUUUAUGUGAAUUUGGCACCAAGUACAUUUCAGCAGGUACCUGAUCGUCAAGCACCUUUAGUGCAACUAGAGGGAGUCACUAAAUUAAACCAAGGGAACAAAAGUCAAGCUAGCCAGCCUGUACUCUUACAGAAUAACCCAAAAGGAGUGACACCAUUCAUACUGAAGAGCACAGAUCCAAAUUUUUCUCCAGUAAUUCUGCAGUCAAAUAUUAUCAGCCCUGAGACACAGACUUUAAUAUACACAAGUGCUCCAGUUCCGAGAACAACACCAGGUGUUGCAACAAAUACAAAAUCUGGAAAUGAGAAUAGACAGGUCCAUACUUUCUUUACAAGUAACAAUGGCUCAACAUUGUUAACUACAGGCAUCCCCUUGGUCCUGGAGACUGAUAAGAUAGCACUCAGCCAGGUGUCAAAUGCAAAUGUACCUAAGGUGAAAGAAGUUAAAAAAAGUGCUCAUAAUGCUAUAGAGAGACGAUACAGAACCAGCAUAAAUGAUCGGAUUGUGGAGUUAAAGAAUAUGCUAGUUGGUGAAGAAGCUAAGCUAAACAAAUCAGCAAUAUUGAGAAAGACAAUAGAAUACAUCAAGUACUUGCAGAAUCAGAACAGUAGAUUGAAACAGGAAAAUAUGGCUUUGAAACUAGCAUGCCAGAAAUCUGGUGUCAAGGAACCUGUGUUGGAUGGAGCGUAUACUCCUCCACACAGUGAUAUUUCCUCGCCAUAUCACUCCCCACAUGGUUUGGAUAGCGAUAGUCCAUCAUCUCCAGAAUUCAAGGUUGAAGAGAAGUAUUCAAAGAUUGUCAUGGGUAUGGGAGACCACUCUCGAUUGGCGCUAUGUGCUUUCAUGAUUGGCCUGAUUGCAUUCAACCCAUUCAGUGCUUUCUUUGGCAGCUUCAUGUUGGACUCUUCAGCGCCUGACUUUAAUGCUAGAGUUGAUCAAAGGAAAAUACUGGUGUCUCCUGAUGAUAGUAGCAAUUUGUGGAGAUUUUGGGAAAGUUGGUUAUUCAACAUUUUCUUUAUAUAUGUGGUAAACAUCGUGAUCUUGGGAGGAUGUCUCGUGAAACUUCUGGUUUACGGCGAUUCGGUGCCCAAGUCUCAAUCCCCAGAAGCUGGUCUUUUCUAUAAACACAAAAGAUUGGCUGAUAAUUAUUUGAAAAAGGGUGAUUUAACAAACGCUCGACUGGAACUUCAUCGAUCUCUGGCGGUAUGUGGCAAAAGCGUGCAGGCAGGUGGGCAGGGAAAUGCAAAGUUCGCGGCACUCGCCGCGGCGGUACUACGGCAAGUGUUGCAACGACUCCCGUUUGGAGGGUUCCUAGCGCGACGAGCUGGUGACCUGUGGGGUGAUAGUCCUGCAAGAAGGGCAGCACAGCACUGGGCUGCUGAAGUAUCGACGGUCUCCCAUCGCCUCGCUCAGCUGGAGAUCGUAUCCAGCCAUAGCGGUCGCAGCGAGCGUGUACUACUGGCUUUGCAAGCCGUCAACCUGGCCGAAGUGACUGGAAACAGACAAUUGCAGGCAGACACUUACGUCACUGCUGCGUUGGUCUUCAAAGAUUAUAUGCCUAAGAUCGGGAAUUGGCUUUGUGGUUACUACCUGCGUCUAUGCCGUUCAUCGUGCACGGAUUCGUGCGCACUGGUACCAGUCCGCCUGCGCUGGGUGACAAGUCCUCGUGGACAACAGUUUCUACGCACACGACGCUGGAGUUACGAGCUAGCGCCACCUUCAGCAGCUCUCUUCUCACGGCUACCCAGUCUACCAGAUCCCCUUAUUUAUGCAAUGAGGGCUUACCAUCUUGAACUGCUGCAGAAGAGUUUGCAAAUGCUCCUUUGCGCCGACGAGCGAAGCAACACACGUGAUGUGCUUGACCUUGUUAAGCUGAUCACCGAUGACGUUUCCACCGAGGCACCUCAGCACACUGGCUGCUGGGACCCUGUAAUGGAAUGGUGGGCUAACAUGGUCGGUGUCGCUGCCACGUGGCUGCUUGCGGACAUAAAGAGCGCUGCUGAUAUCGGAGACCGACUCAACUUGCUACCAGAACAGUUGGCUAACUCGGAAGAUCCAUUACCUGGGGCCCUGCAUAUGGCGUACAAAAGCCGCCGUGGCCUGUUAAGCCUCGCUCAGUGUCGAGAUGAACGUUCCAUUGCGAGGACAUCCGAAACAGUUCUCAAGGUAUGCGACAUUGCUGGAGCCAGGCUAGCAGACUCCUUGGCGUACUAUUGUUGCAAGAAGCCCACACAAUUGAUGACGCUAAUGCAAGUGUUAUGCUGCGAUUGGGUGCUCGAAGUGCGCGCAGGUGUUUGGGAAGCGUCAGGUUCAAAUCCCGCUCCGCCUUCACAGUUACGUGCUUUCCAGAGGGAUUUACAUUCACUAAGGAGAUUAUCACAGAGUUUACCGUGGGCGACAUCCCGCGUGUUCCUGCAGUCGGCGGUGUGCCGCAUGAUGGCAGGAGCGGCGCCGCGCCGCACGCAGCAGUUGCUCGAUGGCAGUCUGCGUCCGCGCCUCAACCGCUCUUCUAUUAUUUGCGGAAAGGAACGCGCGCUAGAAGGCGGGGGCGGUGAAGGCGAGCGUGCUGUAGCAUUGUACAUGGCAUGUAAACACCUUCCCGCAGCAGUACUUGCUGCACCAGGCGAACGUGCCGGCAUGCUAGCACAGGCAGCCGCCACAUUGCAAAAAAUUGGCCAUCGGAGUCGUUUACCUCACUGCUACCAUCUUAUGAAAUCCGUUGGAACACUUCCAACUGCACCAUAGAUAAAAAAUAAUAAUUUUAUUUUACGUCGAUUAAAGUACUAAAUACUUACUAAAUCUUUGUUACUAACCUAGGAAGAUGAUUUAAUGCAGUAAUUAACAAAUUAUAUUCUUAAUUUUGCUACAGUGUUGUAAGCGGCCUUGUUAUACUUGACUAAUUAGAACUAAGAACCUAAGUAGAUUUUCAAGAGAUUUUGUUUGUAUUGAGUUACAUGUAAAUUUUUUAUGUGAGCCUUAAGGGUUUUAGCUGAUUUUGUGAGUAGUCCAAUACAGUGUCACGUAGUUUAAAUUAUUGCAAUAAAUAAU